AUGAUUAACGCAUUCAUCUUUCUUAGAGUCACAGUUUGUGAAGGAGCUCUAGGAUUAUCAGUAUUGGUAUCUUUAGUACGUUCGUCAGGAUCAGAUCAAUCAUUCAUCUUAUUCUACGUCUUCUUUGAGUGCUCUCUAAUUCCCACAAUUAUUUUAAUCCUCGGUUUAAAGAGAAUAUUAGUUUGUGGAACUAAAGGAGAGUCAUCUCUGACAGUAUUGUUAUAUUUUGUAUCAGGUUACAUCUUACUAUUUACCGGAGUAUUAAGUGUUUGUUGCUCAUUUUUAUUAUUCCUAUCAGAUGAAAUCUACUUAUUAAAAGUAUCCUUUUUGCAUUUGGAUUAUCAAGUGUGCUUUGAUUGGCUAAGACUAUCAUUCAUCUUCUUAGUUCUCUUAAUCUCUUCUCAAGUUAUAAUUUAUUCUUCUUAUUACAUAAGAGGUGAAACUUUUGUUAAUCGUUUCAUAUACAUAAUAUUAGGAUUCAUCUCAUCUAUGGUUCUGUUGAUUAUAUCUUCGGAUGGAUUGAGAUUAAUAUUAGGUUGAGAUGGGCUAGGUAUCACUUCAUAUCUAUUAAUUAUAUUUUAUAAAAAUUAUAAUUCUUCCUCUAGAGGAAUAAUUACUAUUUUAAGAAAUCGAGUAGGUGAUGUAUUAAUUUUAUGGUCAUUGGGGCUAAUAUUUUACUCUAAGAGCUGGGACUAUAUAUUCUUAAGAUACUUCUCUUUAUCAAUUAUGCUUUUCUUCAUUUCAUCUUCUUUUACCAAAAGAGCUCAACUACCUUUUUCUGCAUGGUUACCAGCAGCCAUGGCGGCUCCUACCCCUGUCUCAUCCCUAGUCCAUUCAUCCACACUAGUGACAGCCGGGAUUUAUUUGAUAAUUCGUUUGUCUCCCUCAUUUGAAGAGAGAGGGUGUUUUUUACUCGUUGUCAUGGGGGCCUUAACUUCCUUUUUUUCAGGCCUGGCUGCGUUCGGAGAAAACGAUCUAAAACGAGUAAUUGCGUUAUCUACAUUAAGCCAGCUAGGGGUAAUAAUAUUUUCUCUAGGCUUAGGGCUCACUCUAUUUUGUUAUUUUCAUCUUUUUGCCCAUGCACUUUUUAAGGCUCUUCUUUUUAUAUGUUCGGGGGUCGUAAUUCAUUCUCUAGGGGUACAAGAUAUACGUCGUAUAGGAGGGGUAUCCAGGAUACUCCCUUACACUAGUUAUAUUAUCUUAGUUUGCUCUCUUAGAUUAAUAGGGUUCCCAUAUUUAUCGGGUUUCUUUUCAAAAGACCUAAUUAUUGAAUCUUCAGAGAGUCUGUAUAUAUUAUUUCCUAGUGUACUUAUAUUAGUUUCAUGUCUUCUAACAAGAACUUACUCUUCACGAAUUGCGAUAAUAUGUUUGUGCUCCUAUAAUUAUAAUUUAAGCUGUCAAUACAGGGACGAAGAGGGGGACUAUCUAACUCCUCUUUUUGUUCUUUAUUGAGGGGCUGUUAUAGGGGGGUAUAUCUUUUAUUGAUGUUUUCUGGGGGACGUAAGAAUCAUCUUAGGUCCAUUUGAAAAGAUUCUCCUCCUCUCCCUUAUUACAGUAGGGGCUAUUUUACCUUACUUUGUCAAAUCAUUUAGUUUAAGCCUAAGACAUUAUGUAAGUAGAAUAAUAUUUCUACCAUUCAUUACAGGGCGAACAAGCUUCAUACCUUUAUUUAUGGGUGAACUCCUCUAUCAUGAGGGUGAUUGUGGUUGGGUAGAAGAAGCGGGGCCGUCAUUAAUCUAUCAUAAUAGCUUACGGGGGUCAUCUUUAUUUUCGUUCCUAACCUCCUCUCCAUAUAAGGUACUUAUCCUAUCUUCUUUAUUAUUCACACUAUUUAUAUAUUUCUAUAGCUUAAUAAGAGCACAACACUGAAGAUGUUGGGGUGGAUGAUUCCUGGAAAUAUUUAAAGGAUAUUUAUCCAUUUAUGCAUUGAAAAUGC